AUGUCGCAGUAUCAGAUAAAUCUAGCUAAUUUAUCUGUGGUGCAAACUGGCCACAAUGUGGGAUAUUCAAAAAAAGAAUCUCAUUUGAAAUCGAGCAAAAGCGCGCGAACUCGUAGUGACAUUUUUGAAAAUUUGUUUAUUAUCUAUGAUGCGACUUUUUUGUCCUUGGUAUGGUCAAAGAUAAUAAAUGGAGUGCAUGUGAACGUUGACCACGGGUGCUGGAAUGAUUUGAGCGCGCUUUACAAAGCGCUGGUAGAAGGCCGGGCUUGGGCGUACAACACUGUGGAUGCAUCAGGAAGAUACCAAUCUGGUUUCUUUCAAGGAAACCGUCUAUGGCUCGGAUCUAAAGAUGAAUGCUUUCGAUUGGACCAAAAAUAUAAAUCGAAUGCGGAGCUGCAUCACGGCAAUGGAUUUGUCCGACGAGAAAGGGAUUUCAAUGAUCAUUCACACGUAUGGCCAAGCUAUGAUGGAAAGGGAGCAUUGACACAAACCUCAUCUGACGACAUACCCACCCACCGACUUGCCUAUGUUACUGUGCAAAUUUCUCUUAAUAUUACAAAGUUUCAAGUCCCUAAGCUAUACGAUAUAGUUCUUGGUCUAUGUCUGCCUCGAUCAUGUUCACCCGAGGACGUGGAAUCCCUCGUAAAGUUUUCAAUAAUGCUAAACGAUAAUUUAAAAUCAAAUGGAACAAUACCCAGGACUGUUAAAAUUACGUCACUGAGACAUAUCGAAGAGAAUUACGAUGUUAAAUACGACACUGGAGCGGUACUUUUAAUACUUGUUACAAUAAUUCUACUAGCAUUAGCUAUUAUAGCAACAAUUGUUGAUUAUGGUUUUAUAAAUUGUAUAAAAAGCCAAACUGGAAUGUUGACUAUAGAUAAAUAUAAAUAUGAUCUAAAUAAAGAGAGAUAUGACGAACAAAUACAUAAACAGUGUGAACUAGUUAAAGUUUUUGUGGAUUUAAAAAGAGAGAAAUCAACAAAUAACAAAGAAAAUAUUAAAUUGAAUAAAGAUAUUUUACAAACGAUGAAUACAGAAGCAAUGAAAAAAUCAGUUAAGGGAAAUGGAGCUCCAACGCUAGAUGUGAUGACAACAGAGAGACAGCUGGCUAGUUGCAAGCGAUGUGGAAAAUACAGGAAACAAAAUGAACCACCAAAGCAUAUGGCCACUUUGCCCACGUGUCCCCGACAAUACAAAACAUGUGCCAGUCUGACUAACACGGAGUACAGAAAAAGAGACAGUCUCUUUUUAAAUUUGCUCCUAAGUUUCUCUCUAAAACACAAUUGUAAAAGUAUUUUCAAUACAACGAUGGCUAAUCAAGAUUUAGCUGUAGUACAUUUGUUGAGGAUUUUUUCUACAUUUUGGAUAAUAUUUAUUCACGUGUGUAUGUUAGUCAGCUAUCUCACAGAAAAUACAAAUUCAAAUGGAUGGAUGGGGAGUUAUCCUAUAUUGACAACGGGGACUUUGGCUUUUGAUACCUUAAUAUUUGCAAGUGGUAUAUUUAGUGCACACCACUUUUUCUACUUGUCGAGUCGGUACACGCUUCGCGAGUUGGUCAGCUGCGGCGGUAACUGCGGGAAACUCUUCCAAUUUGUCUGCUUCGUCACCAAUAGAGCUGUGAGAUUACUACCGCCGUAUGCGUACACAAUAUUCCUGACUGCGGUCCUGUCCCGAGUGUCACGCGACACGCAGCCCGUUACAUUCCCGGAACAGGAUCACAACUGCGAUGUGAAUUGGUGGAGAAACUUGUUGUACAUAACUUUAUUUUAUCCACAAGAGAAACAGUGCAUGCAGAUAUGUUGGUACUUGUCGACGGAGACGUCGCUGCACGCGUGCGGCGCGCUGUUGUGCGCGGUGCUGGUGCGGCGGCGGCGCUCCGCUCUGCUGCUGCUGAACCUUGUGCUGCUGGCUGCUGUCGGAUCUGACGUCUUCACAGCAUUCGCUGAUUACCACAGGCGGUACAGUAACGUAUUUGAAGCGUAUUACUACAUCAUAAACCGACCCUUGAGCCGCGCGGCGCCCUACCUGGUGGGCGUGUUGGCCGGCUGGAUGAUACACAAGGCUGACGGCAGGAUAUCCGUCUCCAGAAUGACGCGGUGUUGCCUGUGGUGUGCGUCAGUGAGCGCGGCGGUGACGUCAGCGGUGACGUCAGAGAGCGUGCGUCACUGGGCGUGCGCGUGGCUGCACGUGACGUGGCCGCUCGCGCUGCUCUGGCCCGCGCUCGUCUGCUCCACCGACCAUGCCGCAUGGAGUCGUGUCGUGGUAUCGUGCGGCGGUGUGGCGGCGCUGAGCCGGCUGAGCUACAGCGCGCUGCUGGUGCACGGCGCCGCCGCGCGCUGGCUGGUGCUGCGAGCCGCGCCCGCACUCUGCACACACACCGCGUGCAUCUGGUCGUACUUCGCGGGCACACUGAUGGUGUCGGUUGCGGGCGCGCUGGUGCUGGCGUUGCUGCUGGAGCUGCCUGCCUGCUGCCUGCUGCGUCGCAUCUGUGACUACGCCUACUCAUGA